AUGGACGCCGACUGCUUGCAGAGGCGGAGAGAGGAAGGCUCAUCUCAACGAGAGAAAAGGUGGAGCAUGAACUCUCAAAGAUUGGAAGAAAUUGUGGCGGAGCUGAUGAAACCCAUCAGCGAUGUCCGCCGCAGUUUCGACACUGAUCUCAGUGCGUUGCUGGAGGAAUAUCUGACGGAGGCAGGGCUGCGGGCGCUGGAGGCGGACGAGGGGGAGGGUUCAGGGGCUGAGGCGCCCAACUUUGCAGAGCUGGCGCUGCUGCUGCAGCACUCGGCCUGUGUGUACGGCCGCAAGGUGGACUACCUCUACCAGCACGUGCUCAGCGUCAGCGAGUCGCUGCAUAACAACACGGAGGAGGGCGGCGGCGCGGAGGAGCCACAGACGCCGAGCGGCGGGCGCAAACGCAAGGCGUCUGUCGGGGGGUGCGCAGGAGGCGAGUUCACGCACAUCACGCUGGAGGCGAGCCGCGCGGCGCUGCGCGACGCGGGGGGUGCGGGGGGCUCGCGGCCGCCCCCCACGCUGCCGCGCACCUUUCUGCCACUGGAGCCGCGCGUGCCGGGCCCCGGGGACGCCGUGCUUACGGACUACGACGGCGAGCCCAUCGGUCUGCUCGCAGACUUCCAUGUCACCUGGAGACUGCAGAAUGGGCUUCUAGUGGAGGAUCUGUGCCAACCGGAGUACAGCCAAGAGGGGUUAGUAGGUGCAAGUGUGCGUCCACCGGCGUUAGUGGAGCUGCAGGCCGCCAUAGAAGCGGGUGCACCUCCCGACCCCCCGCCGCGAUGCUCCACGCCUCUGCAGGACCACUGCGACCCCCCGCACGACGGGGGGCACUGCGACAGCCCGCGUGGCGAAGAACCCCCAGAGCACGACGACGAGCCGCGCCCCAUCGAGAUGCUCGACCUCACGCACAUACUGGACACGCCGUCCAACAAGAGGGAGCGCAAGAGGAAGCACGAACGCAAGUUGGAAAAUGCAUUGGGACAAGCUGUCAAGUUGAUUAUCAGUAAAGAGCUCAGAAGAAAGCUUCGGAAGACACAAGAGUUCUCAGUGGCGGAGGAGUGGAUCACGAAGGUCGUGGCGCGCAGGAAGCGGCGCGUGCUGUCCGUGCGGCGCCGGCUGCGCGCGCAGCAGCGCUCGCACAGCGCAGAGUUUCGUGGGUUUGAGAUAGGGCCGGCUGACACGGGAGGAUUCACGGGCUGGAGUGCAGACGAGGUGGCAGCGGCGCGCGCGCUGCACGAGGCAUACGUGGCGCGGAACACGCAUGCCACGGCGGCAACGGCAGACACGACUGCCACGUCCAGAGCUGUGGACGAGUCUGACGACGACGGUUUCUUCGAGCAGAGCUCGCUCGGAGACUCGCUUAGUGAUGACUUGGCUUCGCAUACCGAGUGUGCGGGGCAGCAGCAGCAGCCGUGGAGCAGCUGGAGUGCCGACGUGCUGCGGCGAGCGGCGGCCAGCGAGCGCGCGCCGGACGUGCAGGCGACGGCCGCGCGUCUGCUGCAGCACCUGCAGUGCGAGCAGCAGCAGCAGCAGGCGGUGCCGUGUACGCGCCUGCUGGCCGCAGCGCAGGACGCACGUGACGUGUCGAGGCUCUUCCUCGCCACGCUCUUCCUGAAUGAAAUACCUACGACUUCAACUUCCAUACAAUUCACUGAAAAGGAACAGUUCAUUUUAUCUCCCAAGCCUAACGAUAAUAUUGAAAAUAAAGAUUUAUCUAAUGUUAGUGAAGACUUUUGUUCAGAUGAUAGUGUGAAGGAUCCUGACUAUGUAGAUAUCGAUACACCCUGUUCUACAAAGAGGUCUCUUUUGAAAAAUAAAAACCGAGAAGUUUUUAAAAAUUUGUUGAGUGGAGUAGAUUUAAAUGAAAAACAAUAUGACAAUUUCAGAAACGAUGUUUUCACCAUAAACCAAACAAGUUCACCUAUACCUAUGCCGAUAGCCCCAUGCAAACAGAAUCUAGUAGCAGCUCAAGCGAUGGAAUUGGUUCAUCCAGCUCAAGCGAUGGAUCUAGUUCCUUAG